AUGGACAGCACUCCUAUUCACGCCGGCCACAAGGAGAGCCCGCUCCUUCAUGUCAGCGAAUUCGACAAGAUAGUCACCCUCCUCGAAGGCGCGAGGGCGGAAGACUUCCGCUCUGAGUGCUAUGAGCUCGUGGCCGACUUCCUUAAGAUCGAGGGGCCAAAGGUCGUGGAUGAACUCAGGCAGUUGAUAAUCCGCGGGAAGGGCCUUGGAGAGGGCAUAAAGAUCAGGAAGACGAGUGAGACCCCGCCGAGAGUGAGCGUCCUCGACGUCAUCCAAAGCGUUACUGAGGUUAUCAACCCUCGUCAAACUUGGGAGAACAUAAAAUCCCAAAAUCCGGAAGUUGUAUCCGUGGUAUACAACCUCCAAUUUGAGGGAAGUGGCCAGCGCCCCACCCCGGUCACAUGUGCAAGAGGCCUGGUGGCCAUCGUCAACCUGCUACCGGGUAAAAGGGCCGCUCAAUUCCGCCUCAAGUGCGCCAACGUCGUCGUGCGUUACCUCGGUGGGGACGAGACUCUCGUGGGAGAGAUCAGGCGCAACAGGGAGGCGCAGAGCCAGCUGCCGAAAGAGCACCCCGCCCGCGUCUUCGGCGAGACCGUGGAGGCCGAGGGCAAGCAGAAGGACCCCGAGGAGCUCGACCUUAUGAAGAAGAUCAAGCGGCAGAAGCUGGAGAACGAGCUGGCAGCCGAGAUGCGCAAGUCGGACGAGCGGGCAAGCGAGCUGGCAGCCGGGAAGCGCAAGCUGGAGAGUGAGAUGAAGGAGAUGGACCUCCGCCUCCGAGCGACCAAGUUCGAGUUAGAGGCCAACACGUUCCGCAACCUGUCCCAGGACGCGCCUCCCGCCACCAAGCAGAUUCUGAAAGGGGGUACGGCGGACCUGGCACAGGCUGCGUGUGUUCUCUUUUCACGGACAAAGACGUUAAAUGCUCUCAAUCAGAAUCGCCUCGCUUUUUUAUAG